GUUGUUCAAACGCGAGAUUCACAUUGCGCUGUAGCGACAGUUGGUUGCACAUUCACAGCAUGGAUCGUUGGACAGGAAAAAUAGCCGUGGUAACGGGUGCCAGUUCCGGUAUCGGCGCAGCUACUGCCAAGGACUUGGCGAGGGCUGGAUUGGUGGUGGUAGGACUCGCACGACGAGUGGAACGUAUCGAAGAGCUGAAGAACGACAUGCCAGAAUCGGCCAGGGACCGGCUCCAUGCGGUCAAGUGCGACAUAUCCAAGGAGGAAGACAUUUUGGCCACAUUCAAAUGGGUGGAGGAAAAAUUCGGCGGAGUUGACGUGCUGAUUAACAACGCUGGUAUUGGUCGCAUGACCCAAUUAAUCGCAGCAGACAACACCAAGCAGAUCCGUGAAGUGCUGGACACGAACGUCAUGGGACUGGUGCUGUGCAGUCGGGAGGCUUAUCAAUCGAUGAAAAGGCGCUCGGUCGAUGGUCACAUUGUGCACAUCAAUAGCGUUGCUGGUCAUACGGUGCUCAACUUUCCGACAAUGAAUAUUUACCCCGCCACGAAGCAUGCUGUCACGGCCAUUACGGAAACGAUGAGGAACGAACUCAGAAAUGCAAACACCAAAAUCAAAGUUACGAGCAUCAGCCCCGGAGGUGUUCGAACCGAGAUUAUUCCAGAGGAGUUUCACAAUAGUGGCCAUCCUCUACUGGAAGCGGAGGACAUAUCGGCUGCUGUGCUAUACGUUUUGGGAACUCCACCGCAUGUUCAGAUUCAUGAGUUGAUGGUCAGACCGGUUGGGGAGAAAUUUUAGAUUGAAUCAGACCUCUGCAUUGGUUUAGUGGAAUUCAAAUUGUUACAUAAGUCCAUUUUCAUAAUUUCAGAUAAAUACAGAAAAAAUAAAUCUGUUGAG